AUGGAUCCCGGCAGCGGCGGCGGCGGCGGGAGCAGCGGCGGCAGCAGCAGCAGCGACUCGGCGCCCGACUGCUGGGACCAGGCGGACAUGGACGCCCCCGGGCCGGGCCCGUGCGGCGGCGCCGGCGGCUCCCUGGCGGCGGCGGCGGCCGAGGCCCCGCGGGAGCCCCUCAGCGCGGCCUUCAGCCGGCAGCUCAACGUCAACGCCAAGCCCUUCGUGCCCAACGUCCACGCCGCCGAGUUCGUGCCGUCCUUCCUGCGCGGCCCGGCCCCGCCGCCGCCCCCCGCCGCGGGCGCCGCCGCCGCCCUCCCCGGAGCCGGCGGCGGCGCGGGGGGCCCCCAGGCACCUGGGGAAGCGUCUCAAGAGGAACAGUCAUUGUUGUGUGAAGGUUCCCAUUCGGCUGUUAGCAUGGAACUUUCAGAGCCUGUUGUAGAAAAUGGAGAGACAGAAAUGUCUCCAGAAGAAUCAUGGGAGCACAAAGAAGAAAUCAGUGAAGCAGAGCCUGGGGGCGGCUCCUUGGGAGACGGAAGGCCUCCAGAAGAAGGUGCCCAGGAAAUGAUGGAGGAGGAGGAAGAAAUACCAAAACCUAAAUCUGUGGUUGCACCACCAGGUGCUCCUAAAAAAGAGCAUGUAAAUGUAGUGUUCAUCGGGCAUGUAGAUGCUGGCAAGUCUACCAUCGGAGGACAAAUAAUGUAUUUGACUGGAAUGGUUGACAAAAGGACACUUGAGAAAUAUGAGAGAGAAGCUAAAGAAAAAAACAGAGAAACUUGGUACCUGUCUUGGGCAUUAGACACAAAUCAGGAAGAACGAGACAAAGGUAAAACAGUAGAAGUGGGUCGUGCCUAUUUUGAAACGGAAAAGAAGCAUUUCACAAUUCUAGAUGCACCUGGCCACAAGAGUUUUGUCCCAAAUAUGAUCGGUGGUGCUUCUCAAGCUGAUUUGGCUGUACUGGUGAUCUCUGCCAGGAAGGGAGAAUUUGAGACUGGGUUUGAGAAAGGAGGACAGACAAGAGAACAUGCAAUGCUGGCCAAGACGGCGGGUGUGAAACACUUGAUUGUCUUGAUCAAUAAGAUGGAUGAUCCAACUGUGAAUUGGAGCAAUGAAAGAUAUGAAGAAUGUAAAGAGAAACUAGUGCCAUUUUUGAAAAAAGUUGGCUUCAAUCCCAAAAAGGACAUUCACUUUAUGCCCUGCUCAGGACUGACUGGAGCAAACCUUAAAGAGCAGUCAGAUUUCUGUCCUUGGUACAGUGGAUUACCAUUUAUUCCAUAUCUGGAUAAUUUGCCAAACUUCAAUAGAUCAGUUGAUGGACCAAUCAGGCUGCCAAUUGUGGAUAAGUACAAGGAUAUGGGCACUGUGGUCCUGGGAAAGCUGGAAUCGGGAUCUAUUUGUAAAGGCCAGCAGCUUGUGAUGAUGCCAAACAAGCACAAUGUGGAAGUCCUUGGAAUCCUUUCUGAUGAUGUAGAAACUGAUUCUGUAGCCCCAGGUGAAAAUCUCAAAAUCAGACUGAAAGGAAUUGAAGAGGAGGAGAUUCUUCCAGGAUUCAUACUUUGUGAUCCUAAUAAUCUUUGUCAUUCUGGACGCACAUUUGAUGCACAGAUAGUGAUUAUAGAGCACAAAUCCAUCAUCUGCCCGGGUUAUAAUGCGGUGCUUCAUAUUCAUACCUGUAUUGAGGAAGUCGAAAUAACAGCCUUAAUCUGCUUGGUAGACAAAAAAUCAGGAGAAAAAAGUAAGACUCGCCCCCGUUUUGUGAAACAAGAUCAAGUAUGCAUUGCACGUUUAAGGACAGCAGGAACCAUCUGCCUUGAGACCUUUAAAGACUUCCCUCAGAUGGGUCGAUUCACCUUAAGGGAUGAGGGUAAGACCAUUGCAAUUGGAAAAGUUCUGAAACUGGUUCCAGAGAAAGACUAAGAUUUUCUUGAUGACCCUGCACAAUACUGUGAGGAAAAUUGACUGCAAAAGCCUACUUCACACCGCCUUCUCUUAUUUUCUGCCCAUUGACAAAACCUCUCCCCAUAUUUUGCAAAGAAAAAUUCACUGCAAAAAGUCCACAUUAUGUCAGCUUUCUCAUAUUGAGAGCUCUGCUAUGCCACUGUUGAAUUUUUCCCAAGAUUUUUUUUUCUGCCCUCCACCCUCACACCCCGCUUCCUUGGACAGAUUUGGCAAUAGCUUUAUAAGUGAUGUGGACAUAAUUGCCUACAAUAAUGAAAACCUACAGAAAUUUUAUUUUUCAUUUCCCCCUUAGGCAUACUUAGACUCCUCCACUCCCCCAGGCAGAUCAUUCUGAGUGUGCGAGUGUGUUGUGUGUGCACAUGUUUCAAAGACAACUACCAUGUUAAUAAAAUAUUCAAUUUGAAACCCUUUUCGGUAUUUGAAUUGCUUUUGAAUAAUGUUUUUUAUCUGGAUGUAACAUUGUUGCAUUAGCUUUUUAACUUUACCAAGUAAUUGAAUACAUUUUAUUACUUGGAUUUUUCUAAACUCUUUCCCUAUCCACUACUUUAAAUGAGGCAUUUACAAACAAUGUUAGUUUGUAUUGAAGGAAAGUAGUUUUGAUCCAUUCUUUUGAUGGUUAAUGCAUACAUACAAUUAAAUACCUUGAUGCAGCUGUGACACUGCUUUAUUAGGUCUAUCAGUUAUUUUAUGCCAAUUUAUAUUUUAACACGAUUCUUAAAAUACAGUUAUUUUGAAAUAAAAGAACAGCAAAAUGUCUUAUAAGAUAAUAAAAUUGUACCCCUACAAAAAAUUCCAUUAACUUGUUAAAUUAGUGAAAUUUACAACAAAGAAAGCAUGUUGAGACCUGGCAAAAAUGCCUCCUUUAGUAUUUAUAAGAGCUGCAUGUAUCUAGUAUGAAAAGCGUAUCAAUUGCAAGUGCCAGUUCUACAAAUUACUCACAGUUUACUAUUUGUAUCCGUAAUUUUAAAGGUUGGAUGACCAUUGCUGGUUAAGCUAAAGCUCACCCAGCAACUAAAUGAACACAUAUUUAGAAACAUCAGAAUCUGCACAGACUAAAGUUUAACAGUGAUAAGUAGAAUCAAGCACAGUAUAUGUUUUAAUUAUUUGAAAUUGACUGUUUUCUUAAGUGUAAAGUUGAAAUUUGCUAAACUAUGAUUUGGAUGAACCACAAAGCAUUGUGGUGGUUUUUAGAUUGACAGCUGACUUUCUGCUACAAUAUCAUGACUGAAAUUUUAAUGAGAUGAGAAUAAAUGGGAGCUGAAAGACAAUUUCUGGGUUUAUAACAGAAUGCUCCCUUGUUGAGUAUUGCCAUUUAUAUCCAAGACUGGGUGGGGUUCUUUUAGAUUGUGGUUCAUCUCUAAGUAAGAAAUUUUGUAAAUGUAUAAUGAUACUUCCUUUCUCUAUAAUCUUCCUCAGAAAAGAAAAGCCUAGUCAGACUGUUUCCAGUCACAAAACAAAAAACAUAGUCCUAUUUUCUUACUAUAGAAUCCCCAUUUGUUUCAAAAAUGUGGCCACAUCUUAGGGACAGAGCAAAGUUACUGUCCUGUACCUUCCUAUGACUAUACUCAUGACUAUUAAAUUGCAUGCAACUUAAAUAAAUUUUAUUAUGUCUGUAAAUCUCGGCUUUUAUUUUUCUGGGAAAUAGAGGAGCUCUAAUCAGUACUUAAUAACUUUUUGUGCUUCUAAGUUAAUAACAAAAAUACUAGCAAUUGCUUGGACUUUAAUGAAUCUUUAAAAGCUCGAGUCUUGAAAUUAUUUCCAAAGAUUUCCAUAUUCAGAUUGAACAUAUUUUAAAAAUCAGCUAUGUUUGCUAUUAAAACAUUACACUUUGAGAAUAUUAUGUGCACGUUGCCAAGACUUAAGUAAAAUGACAUGGGUAUCAAUUGUGAAGGGCAUACUUGAUUGGGGGGAAAAGGUAACACACAAAUGUAAUUGUAAAAUUAAAGUUCCUUGGCUUCUUGCACAUCUGUGGAAAUAGAUUAUUUAAAAAGAAGUCUCAUUGUUAAAUUAAUCAACACUAUGUUCUGGGCUUUUAGGUUCUUUGGUAUGUAUUCUCUCUCAAAGUGGAUGCAUUUUAAAGUCAAGAGUUAGAUGUACUGGCCAGUGAUGUGAACGAGGAAAUAAUAUACCUGACCUGAAUUGGCAGUGUGUAGAGACGUUAGCCCUUUAAAAAGCAGUGAAUUGCUCUGCUGUCGUUUUUGUUGUCUUCAAGGGCAAGUGUAUUUAUAUGGUGGACAAUGCAAAAAUAUGGUAAUUGGCUUCAUAUUUAGGAUAUUAUAUAUCAAAAACAUUUUCCCCCAGUACUUUUAGUUUAGCACAGAUAUUAGGAUCAGAAUUUUCUUUGCAUCUUUCACAUUAAUAUUCUUUAUAAUUUUCAUGCUGUUAGUUUUUUUAAUUAACUGAAUUUAAAGGUAGUGGCAUAUUUGCCAAUUUAAACCUUUAUGUUUUAGCGUGCAUGAGGAGCUAUUUCCUGGUUUUAAAUUGCAAAACAAACUUAUCCAGUGAAAAUCUAUGUAAAAUCAAACCAAAAGAGUUGGGUGUAAGCUGUACUGCCAUGGCAUGAAGUGACAUGUAGUGAAGAGUUCUUGAUGAAGUAAGCCUAUGUAUAUGUCUCUGUUUUGAAUUGAAAGUCUCAAAAUAUGUAGUAAUUUAAUGGAAAAGCUUUAUAUAUAUGUUCACUGUAACGAAAUUCAUAAUUGUCUGUUCACAUAAACUAUAAGAACUGCUUUUACAAUGUGGGAUGGACUUUGAAUGUAAUGUAACUGAACAAUUACUGGCAUCCUCUCAGCUGAAGUUGCAGAUAUUUUGGGUCUUUGAACAAGGUGCAGUUUUGCAACCCAAGAAAAAGGUGAACUGAUGGGCAAAACUGCUCCCAUGAUGAACUUGAAAAAAAUCAACCAGACUCCCUGGCAAUCUUCAGGAAUACUAGUUAUGUCUAAUUCCUCCAUGUCCUUUGAUGACUAUUCCACAUGACAGCAUUCUAGAGCCUUCCCUCAUUGGCAUGGACUUCCUCAUGGACUGCUGCUUCAUGGAUGAUAGCUUCAUUGCUUUGGGUAGAGAACUAAGGUAGUCAAGGAACAGAUCGAGUUUUUAUAAUAGCUCUUAACAUCUGGCUACCUUCAACCUUGAAGCCCUUUGUGAAAAUCACAGCUCUUUAGCUUUGACUGUAGAAUGAUUAAAUGUCAUAUUCAGUGUUGGCCUACCUUAUCAGAAUAAAGUGUGCCAUUAAUCCUCUCACAGACAUAUGUAAGGUAGAUAGCAAUCAACAGAAUUUAGGGACAAUUUUCUGUCUCUAAAUAUUAUGGCUUUUAUGUCUUCCAGCUAAUUUUUUCAAUGACUCUAGCAGAUGCCAUCUAAUACAUUCAUGAUCUUGUUUCUUAAGAGAUCUUGCCAUGGCAACAACUUACUAAAUGUAAUUACUUAUGUACAACUUGAAAAGAUAUUAAGUUUAAAUUCAGCAGUUAGCUGGUUAUAUUAGAUUUCAUAAUAAGUGGAAUAGAAGUAUUUAUUUUCCUGUAGUAGCUCAGUGGACUCCAUUUGAACCAAUUUACUUCCAGAAUUAAGACUGGGUGGAUUUGGUUCAGCUUGUGAUGGUUUUGGCUCUAGAAUAGUCUUGAUUUUCAAUACCCUAGCACAUACUGCGUCUUCCCUUCAAUAAAUACACUUCACAUACCUCUAAUCCUAAGCUUCCUUGAAACAGUCAUAUGCUAGCCAAAUUGUUUACUAAAGAAUGUUGUAAGGGCCUGGAGAUGUGGGAAUGGAGAUUAAAGCCUUUAUGUUCUCCAAUAUAAGGGAAAAGCAGAUAGGCACCAUGUCUGAUCAGGCAGAAAAUCAGAAUUUCUUAGGCAACCUUAGGAUAAUAAUUGUCUCUUCUGCCUUGUCAUACAUGCCAAUUGUGCCCUUCAGAACUUAAUGUGGAAACCUCAGGUUUGUGGACAGCAAAGAUAGAAUGACAUUUGUGCUUCCUGAGGUUCUCCUCUGCCAGGCACAUUAGUGUAGUGCUUCAGAUGUCAGCCCAAGUCCCUGCUACCUCCUUUCCUGCUGCCCGGGAAGAGUUUGUGCUGGAGCCAGAGCUCCUGUGCUCAGGUGAUCAUCCACAUGCAUUAGGUGAAACAGGUCUAAGCCUGGAAGGUCUGCAUUUCAAGGACUCACAUUGAGCUCUCAGAAAUUGAUACCAGUUAGUUUCUUCUGUUGGUUCUAAAGGAAAUGUGGAUCUCUCAAGCCAGGAUCUAGUGACUAGUUUUUGCUAAACAGCAGGUUAAUACCUAGCUCUCAUUUUUAAAAAAAAAACAAAGGGAAUUGACUAGGUUUGAUUUGUUUUUUUUAAAACUUAAUUCCAAAGCAUGGCAGAAUGCUCUCAAUAGGAAUUAUGGGAACCCAAGGUAAAGAAGCCUUUUUCUUAUGAUUUGUAGCUACCUACUGUGCCUGACUUGGUGCCUGUGUGAGGAUUAAGCCCUUAGUCUGCUCUUGCAAUUAUUCAAAUGACUGAAGUUAAAAAAUUUGCUUUUGUAAUAACAAUAAAAAUUGUCAUCUUCCCUUUUGAAGGAUUGGUCUGUUUA